AUGCCGUCUAUAUCAGGCCACAGAGUCCUUGUCCUUGGGGGAUCAUCUGGGAUAGGAUUUGCCGUGGCAAAAUUAGCCCUUGCAGAGAACAUUGGUCAUCUGGUCAUUGCAUCUUCCAAUAGGACGAAACUAGACGACGCCGUGAAGGCGCUCAUCAAAGCAGUACCCGGUUCGGACAGUCGAAUAUCCGGCCUUGUGGUCGAUCUUGGUGGCGAGGACACAGAGAUGCAGCUCGAAAGGGCACUCAAUGACGCCGUUGCUGCUUCCGGAGGACCUCUCGAUCAUAUUGUUCACAGCGUGAGCAAUAGACGAGGCCGAAUUGUUCCAUUUUCAGAAGUUGACUACGAAACCAUUCAUGGACUGUUUGUUCCAAGAUUUGUUCAGUUGGCACUCCUCGGAAAACUGGGACCCAAAUACAUGAACAACAAAGGCACCUCGUCCAUCAUUCUUACUGCUGGCCAUGUCGAAGAUGUACCGAUGCCAGGCAUGGGCGUUCUCUCUAGUGUUGGCUCUGCCACUACGGGUAUGGCCAUAGGGCUAGCGGUUGAUAUUAGCCCGAUACGUGUAAAUACAGUUGCGCCUGGCAUCACGGUGACGAGCAUGGUGACUGAGGAGACGGGCGAAACGAUGGCGUCUGCAAUAUUUGAGCUUGCAUCGAGGCAAUCGCUAGUCGGGAGGCCCGGAACGCCUGACGAGGUUGCUGAGGCCUAUGUGUAUUUGAUGAAGGACACAAAUGCUACUGGCGCCUCAGUCAAGUCAUCAGGAGGAUCUGUUAUUCGUUCAGCUUAA